UGAUGUGGCACGAGGUUUUUUAGAAGUCCGUCGGGAUAUCCGCCAGAACAUCGGUCCCACCGUGGAUGCUCUUAGAAAAAGAACUUUUUGCUUCUCUCUCAACUUUCGCUCGCUUUGCUCCACCGCCGUCGCCGCAGUCCGCCCAUACAGUAUUUGGCCUUGGAACUAUACAUGCUUUGGAUUCUGUGAUGGGCCUGAGCAAAACUGAAGUGAAUUUGAGAAGGUUACUUGCAGCAGCACCACAACAACAGAAUAAGGGAAAGCUUGUACAUUAUGUGGGCACUUUAAGAGAGCAACUGGAGCAAUUGGCUGAAGAGAGGACUCCUGAAGGUUUGCCAAGGGUAUCAAAAGCUCAGUUGAAUGAAUAUUCUGAGAAAAUUGAAGCUGUAGCAGCUAAGUUAGAUGUUGCUGAGUCCAGUACUCAAGUUAAUCAGGAGCCUUCCUUUGAAACCAAGGUCAGAGAAUCCCCUACCACAUCCGACGGAGAAAGUAUUCAGUCUCCCAGAGGGCUGAGAAGGAGAUUUUUACCCCCAUCGGGAGAUAGAUCCCCCAGUAGCACCGAAGACAGUAAUAAUGCAAAAUCUGUUAAACUGGAUGCUGCAGCACAUGCUCAUAUUGAGAAACACAGACAACUACAAGAAGAUUUAACAGAUGAAAUGGUUGGUUUGGCACGACAACUCAAAGAGAGUAGCCUUAUGAUGAACCAGUCCAUAAAAAAUACCGAGAAGGUACUCGACUCAACUGAGAAAGCGGUUGAGCAGAGCUUGGCGAGCACUGGACACGCAAACACUCGGGCAAUGGAGGUCUAUUCGCAAAGUCUGAAAACGACAUGCUUUACAUGGCUGCUGAUCUUUGCCAUGACGUGCAUAUUCGUCAUGGUUGUGCUACUUAUUCGUGUUACUUAGGAUUAAGGAAUACUUUUUAGGCGCAGCUGUAAAAUGUAAUUGAUGUUCUUUUAAAACAACACUGAUGUAUUUUAAAACCUUUUGCUCUCUUGAGUAGCGUUUGGCAUCAAAAUCAUGUGAAUAUGAAUUUGGAUUUCGGUCUCAUGUUGGUAAGACUCAUUCUUACUAUUAAUACUUAAAUCACUUUUUUUUAAUCUA